AUGGCGAUAUACUUCAAGCAAAUGUUGGAUCUGUCAAAACUCGAACCUCUUGACCGAACGAAUUACAAGAGGUGGUCUCAGAAGAUGCUGAUUUUCUUUGAGCAACUGGAGGUCGACUAUGUUCUCCUUCAACAACCUCCAGCUGCCGCUGGUUCCAUCGUUCCGAAUGCUCCUAGAACGGAUGGUACUUCGUCUCCUGGCGCAACACCCAUCUUCGCAGAUGACGCAACCAUGAAGGAGUAUGAAUCUGACAAUAAGAAAGUUCGUGGUCAUAUGCUCAGCCAUGUUACCAACCCGAUCUUCGACUUGCUUGCUGCCCAUAAAUCUGCAAAGGUGAUAUGGGAACUUUUGGAGGCUAAGUAUUCAACUGAUGAUGCUGGGAAGAAAAAGUAUGUUUGCGGAAAAUUUAUGCAAUUCAAGAUGGUGGACGACAAACCAAUCAUGGAUCAAGUUCAUGAGUACGAGAAUUUAGUGGCAGACAUCUUGGCUGAAGGGAUGAAGAUGUGUGAAGUCCUCCAGCCCAACUUUUUGAUCGAGAAGCUUCCUGAUUCUUAG